CCCACUAAAUUAAUGAUAUGGCGUCACCUCGUUAUUGACGUUUUAUGACGAUUUUCUCCGCAUGAGUCUAAUUUGAUACCCCGACGUCUAGCAAAUCUAUUGUACGCGACUUACUUUUCAAUCACUUGUCGUUGAACCGAACUUGAGUGUAUCUGUGAAAGAGCGGGGAAUUGGCUGACAUACACAUACCAUUUAAUCAGGGUUCGACGAGGUUUCUGCAUCAGAAAGUGAAAAAGGAGAGUCAACGGAAGAACCGCACUUGCCGUUAUCGAUAGAGGCUUAUUUUACGAGAAACACGGGGGGUAUAUCAACUCAAUUUCAAUCCAUACUACCUAUCACCUUACACUUAUCAAACGUGCUGGUCGAUACUUCACACGUGAACCUGAUUGUGUCGGGGAUACACAAUCUCUCAAUUCGACAUUCGAGAUGCCUGGCCAAGGUGGCAAGCAAAGAAGGAGAAAAACAAGGCGAAAAGAAAAGAAAAGCGCGGUCAUAGGAGCACUCAUUGCCCGAGUCGAUCUCCCCUACCAGAAAGUUCCACACAAGUCAAACUCACUUCAGUGGCGUAUUGUCAAUCUCCUCUCAUCAUCACUUGAGAACAUCCAUAGAGAACUUGCCUUCUUCGACGACACGGCAGAAAGGUACGGCCUGCAACUUGACACACCUAGCAGACAUGACACAGCUUUCACUCCCGAGCUUGCCACACAGCAAUACAUUGAGAUAUUUCGCUCGUUCGGAAAAGAUCCUAGCAAGAGUCUCCUCGAAGGAAUGGUUGUUCUUUGGGCGACCGAAGCAUGCUAUCUGAGUGCCUGGACAUAUGCCUCGUCCUUCACACCUUGCCCGCAGAGCACGGAGAUCAAGAAAGAAGAUGAAGUCUCACCCACUUCGGACCUGGACGGUGGCGCUUUGCGUGAGGCAUUCAUACCCAACUGGACGAGUUCUGAGUUUCAGAGUUUUGUCAAACAGAUUGCCGAAUUGACGGAUGUGCUGGCCGAGCAGGAAGCCGUCGCAGGCCGGGACCUGAAGCCCUUCGAAUGGGUGUGGCUGCAUGUUCUGGACAUUGAGAGGAGGUUCUGGCCUGAGGUUUAAAGCGAAUGAAGAUGUUGCCGGUAUCAAGGGACACAUACACCAUGUCAUCGACACGACCAUCGGCAUUGCGCGGAAAAAAAGAUUUCCGAACACAAUCGGCCAUCGGACGACUGCAAUGACCGCUAGUCGGCUCCGAGACGGCCUAAAGCUGACGUCAAACGAGGCAUUGGGGCCAACAGAAGGUUCCCAGACAGUACUGUAGGCUUGGGAGGCAUUGUGGGUGGCAAGAUGCAACGUGUGAGCUGUACCCAGUAUGCGAGUUGUGUCGAAAGAGAUGGGCCAGUCCUCACCAGCAGAGUCAAGCAGUUCCUGAACAGCGUGAUGUAUUCUCCAGUUACCAGCUUCACAUUCUG